AUGGCUUCUGAUGCCAUACGUGGCAUUCCCAUGUCCGAGGACAACUAUGACCUGGCUUGGUCAACAAUUGAACACCGGUUCAAUAGACCACGACUAGUCGCCAUGUCAUUAAUUGACAAACUGUUCCAAUUACCCGUGUCCACUCAAGAGUCAUUGACAGACCUGAAUACAUUUGUCAGUAAAUUCAGCGAAGGCCUCUCCCUAUUAAAAUCACUAAAUAUUCCAGAUUUGGGAUCUUUCGUACUGUUUUCAAUGGCGUUUCGCUGUUUACCAAUCGCGACUCGGGAACUGUUCGAAACUACCGUCACGAGUCAGGGCGACUAUCCGACUAUUGAUGAACUACUGGCGUGCGUUCAGUCUCGAGUGUCAACGUUGGAAAUAAUUGGUGAUUCGAAACCAGGAACCGCUAGUUCACAGCCGAAGUCGUCUCAUCCGUCGAACCGUAAGGGAGGUCGUCCCAGUCAUUCUGGAUAUCAACAUGCUGCGUCGUUGCUCACAACGAAGCCUGAAAGAUCUUGUCCAUGUUGCAAGGCAAGUCAUAGUUUGGACUCCUGCAGCCAAUUUUUAUCGUGGGCAAUUGAUGAACGAAGUAAAUGGAUGCGUGAUCAAAGCUUGUGUUUCAACUGCUUCAGCGAUUCCCACUGGUCUAACAAAUGUCGGUCAAAACCAAGUUGCAAGCAGUGCUCUCGGAAUCAUCACACUUUGUUACACAUGGGUGGACGCAACACCAAGGACAAGGUUCCCGAACCCAAAGCUAAAUCAUCCUUGUGUGCAUCUCAACAGAUGCCCGCGGCUUCGACAUCAUGUUCAGUGAUGCUGGGGACAGCGCUUGUCCACGUGCGCGACCGUUCCGGCACGUGGCAGACGAUGCGUGCACUAGUUGAUUGUGCUUCACAAAUAAGUGCUGUUACGGUAUCAUGUGCGGAUCGCCUUGGUCUAAAACGCACUCGCUGGACUGCGCCUGUAACUGUUCUAGCUGGGCAUCCUGUUACUAGUGUAAUGGGCCGAAUUGAUUGCAUUGUCCAGCCCCGGUUUGCACCGGAACCAUCGCUGUCCAUCCAGGCUUGGGUAUUGCCGUCCAUCACCGGAGAUAUGCCCCACAAAACAUUGAAUUCUACUAUUAAGGAUAAGUUCUCAAAUCUUGCCUUGGCUGACCCUACAUUCCACGUCGCAUCAAGUGUGGAUAUGCUGUUGGGUGCUGACGUAUACGCCACCAUUAUGAAUGGCCAUAAAAUUGAAAUUGACUCCUCUCUGCCUUCGGCAUUCAAUUCGGUAUUUGGCUGGAUAUUAAUUGGUCCUGUUCCAUAUACCAACGUCGAGCCAGUUCAUGCGCUCCCGGUAUCGCUGACCAUAUCAAUUGAGGAGCAGAUGAACAAAUUCUGGGACAUUGAAGAACCUGAAACGGCUCCAGAUGCGUUUUCAGAUGAAGGAAAGUGUGAGUCCAUAUUCAGGAAUGAAUGUGUGCGGCUACCAUCUGGCCGUUUUUCUGUUCCUCUACCGUUCCGAGUCCCUGUUUUGCCAACAACAUUUGCUGGUUCUCGUUCAAUGGCAGUCAAGCGUUUUGAGUCACUGGAGAGGAAGCUAUUGUCUAAUCCACAGCUGCAGACAUUAUACGCAAAUUUCAUGGACGACUUUUUGGCGUUAGGCUAUAUGUCGGUCGCACCCACACCCGGUCAUUAUUUUGUCCCUCAUCAUGCAAUUUACAAAGCAGAUGAUGGUGACGCCAAGAUACGUGUGGUGUUUGACGCGUCUGCGCGAUGUUCAGCCGGACCGUCAUUGAACAGUUGUCUGCUUCCAGGGAAGAAGCUACAACAGGACAUAAUCGAUGUCCUAACGCGAUUUCGCAUUUACCCACAUGCGUUCACGGCGGACAUCUGCAAGAUGUACCGUCAAAUCCAGGUGCUACCAGAGUACCGCAAGUACCAGCAUAUUCUGUGGCGGUCAUCUCCACAUGACCAGCUUGUCGAAUACCAGUUAAAUACCGUCACGUAUGGAGUGACAUGUGCUCCUUUCUUGGCCAUACGCGUGCUUCAGUCAAUUGCUGAAACCGAUUGCACCGACGCCGAUCAUGUCCGUGACGCCUUGCUGUACCAGACAUACGUCGACGACAUCUGCGUAGGAGCGGAUUCAGUUGAAGGUGCUUUGGAGCUCCAAUCGUCCUUACGACGUAUUCUCGCAAAAUCUGGGCUUGAACUUAAAAAAUGGUCGAGCAACACUCAUGACAUUUUGUCAUCCGUGCCGGCAGCUGAUCGGGUAAGCACGCCGUUACCAUUCCACGAUUCCGAAGACGGAGGAACAAAGGUACUCGGAUUGCAAUGGAACCCCAACGAUGAUUUUUUCAGCUGUGCGUUGCGAUUUCAACCAUCUCCAAUAUUCACUAAACGUGGCGUGCUGUCAAUGGUGGCCAGAAUAUUUGACCCGUUGGGGUUAUUUGGCCCUACAAUUUUUUGGGCAAAAUGCAUCAUGCAGCGGACUUGGCAACUAGGGUUGGCAUGGGAUGAUCCACUGUCUCCUGACAUCCAUGCUGACUGGUCCUCGUUUCUAUCCGAUCUGCCAUCGUUGUCGAUGAUUCGAGUGUCACGUCACUUCAGCACGUUCGGACAAUCGUCAUGCUAUCUGUUGGGAUUUUGCGACGCUUCGCAGCUUGGAUAUGCCGCGGUCGUAUAUGUGCUGCCAGCCGAUUCAUCAGGUCAACGUGCCGUUCUCGUCGGGUCUAAGACCAAGCUUGCUCCGAUGAAGCCAUUAACAAUACCACGACUAGAGCUGAACGCCGCACUGUUACUCGCCCGGUGGCUUGGGCGCAUCAAACGAGUAUUGGAUCCUCAUCUCAAGAUUGUUGGGACUUACGGCUGGACCGACUCGAUGAUAGUCCUAUCCUGGUUAACGGUCCCUCAUACGUCAUUCAAGGUGUAUGUGUCCAAUCGUAUCCAUCAGAUCCGCACCAUAGUACCUGAUUGUAAGUGGAGCCAUAUUGAGUCAGCAAACAAUCCUGCCGAUUGUGCGUCAAGAGGUGUGAUGCCUUCAGAACUCACGAAGCUAUCCCUCUAUUGGCAAGGUCCUGCGAUUCUCCGGGCCAAUCCAUCUACAUGGAUAAAUCUUGUAGCACCCAUGUCAUUGUGCAGCUUACCUGAGGUACUACCAGUAUCUCUCACAACUCGAGUCGACGUACCCGACUGUUUGGAAGAAUGGUUUAACCGUUUUUCAUCAUAUGACCGCAUGAUUCGCGUCACCACCAUAAUGCGCCGUUUCAUCAGCCGGUGCCGUCGUUGUGAGCCUGAACCACCUCCCAAUCUGUGUCUGAGUGGUGUUGAGGUCGACGGUGCUACUUUCAGUAUUAUCCGAGAGUCUCAACGUAUCUACUUCUCUGACCUAUUACGUGAGUUAUCAACUGGUAUCAGGGUAUCGUCAAAACCGCUGGCUCGUUUAGCUCCGUUUGUCGACGAUGUUGGAAUCAUCCGAGUUGGUGGUCGCCUUCGUCAUUCCACCCUAUCGUACGAGUGUAAACACCCAAUGUUAAUUGCCAAGCGCUCCCAUCUAGCUCUAUUGAUUUGUCGUCGGUGGCACCGCCUAACAUGCCAUUCCGGCCCCCGUGUCAUGAUAUCACUCAUUUUACGCCAAUACUGGAUCAUCGCCAUCCGCUCGGUAGUACAUGAAGUGUUGACCAAAUGUUCUGUAUGUGUGCGGUUAGCUGCAAAACCUCCUCAACCUUUGAUGGCGGACCUUCCUGCUGCACGCGUGCAACAAUUCCGUCCAUUUGCCCGAGUUGGCGUGGACUAUGCUGGCCCCCUUCAAAUGAGAGAGAUAAGGCUUCGCAAAUCUCGGAGCUAUAAGGUGUAUAUAGCGGUGUUUGUCUGUUUCUCUAUAAAGGCGGUCCACCUUGAAGUGGUGUCAGAAUUGUCAACUGAUGCUUUUUUGGCAGCGUUCGACCGCUUCGUCGGGCGUCGUGGACUCCCCAGCGAGAUAUAUUCCGACUGCGGAACAAACUUCGUUGGUGCUGACAAGCAACUACAAGCGCUUAUUAACAGUCCGCAAGGUCAGCUCGCCAUUACCACCAACUCUCGUCCAAAUUGUACAUGGCAUUUCAACCCCCCCAGUGCUCCGCACUUUGGUGGGUUAUGGGAGGCAGCGGUCCGAUCCACUAAGCGUUUGCUGGUUCGUACAAUGAGCACCCACGUUUUCACCUACGAAGAGUUCACUACUGUCCUGAUCCGCAUCGAAGCCGUUCUGAAUUCUCGACCACUGACGCCCGCAUCCACAGACCCUCAUGACUUGGAGUGCCUCACACCUGGGCAUUUCCUCAUUGGACAACCACUGCUCGCCGUUCCACCUCGUUCCAAUCCAGAUGCUACCCGUAAUUUGACCAACCGCUGGAAGUUAUUAGACCAGUGCCAUCAAGCCUUUUGGAAGCGUUGGUCAACGGAGUACUUGACAACGCUCCAAGAACGCGUCAAAUGGACGGAUCGUGUCCCCAACAUAAAGGUCAACGACAUGGUCGUCGUGGUUGACAACCAAGCGCCCCCUUUAUUAUGGCGUCUCGGGCGCAUCAUUGAAUUGGUGCCAGGACCCGAUGGAACUGUGCGAGUUGCGUCAGUGUUAACGCGUCAGGGACGCAUCACACGACCAGUCGUUAAAUUAGUAGUACUACCGACUGACUGA